AAUUAUAGUAAAAUAAAUCAUUUGUUUCAAAUCACUACUAUUAGUAAACAAAAUAUUAAUCACAUGAUACCGAUUUAUAAAUUAGUAUAGAAUAUCUUCGAGACUUAAGUUAAAAUUAUCAAUGGAAUUGCAAAUGCAAUUUUAUGAUCUGUCGGUGGAAUCUGCCUGUUGCCACGAUGAUUGGAAGGUAAGACUGCUGGGUUAUCAAAAAGCAUUUGAAAUAUUUCUCCAGAUCGAAGAUAAGAACUCUCAAAAAUGGAACAGUUUUUUAGAUAUUGUGAAGAAUUUCGUUAUGGAUCAGAAUCCACAGUGCCUUGUUAAAGGACUUUUAGCUGUUUUAAUAUUUGUUAAAAAGUGUGGCCAGGCUGCUAGGACGGCAAAGGAUGUUGUAGGAGGUAUCGCCAAUACUUGCUUUGACACAAAUCAGAGUUGCAUUUUUACCUUAGCAGUUGAUAUUAUUUUCUGUUAUAUCAAAAUCGGUCAACAGCAUAUCGUAAACAGAAAACUUACAGAUAUCAUACAGCAGUCUGGUGAUGAGAAGAGAGCCAAAAUUUGCCUAUACCUGAUCGGUGAAGGAAUAAAACAGUUCGGUAUUACUGCGUUGGAACUUAAACGUUUGAUAUCGGUUCUAGCAUCUCUAUUAAAUGACAAAAGUAAGGGCGUAAGGAAAGAAGUGGAGAAAUUAUUGAAGCAUUUGACAAUAUGGGCAACGCCAGAAAUAUUGAAUUCCAUAAAUAAAGUAUUACCCUCAGAGCAGGUUACGCCAGUGGAAAAACAUAACGACAUAGUUCCAGAUAAUUCGCUCGAGAGUUUGCAAAACGUUAAUGUUGAUGUGGCCAAUGCUGAAAAUGCCAGCCAGGUCAACUGUAAUGCAAUUUUAAACUUAAAUUCAGAGCAGUUAUUGCCUAGUGAAGAUUCUGAUCCUUAUACUGUCAUUGAAUAUCGAGAUAUCACAAGGACACAAAUAUUCGAAAGAGAUAUACGCUUAAGUGGCCAUGAUUUUAAUAAGUUCCAAAUUGAAAAUGCUUCUUUUAUCAUAACACAAUCGAGUAUCAGCCCUUCAGACGAAUUUCACACAACAACCAGAAUAAAACAGAAUACGAUCGUACCUUACAUACAAAACCCUUUCAACCUUCUAGAGAAAUUCAAAAAGAAAUUCUACGUACAAGAGAACAGUUUCGAAAAAUGGUAUGAGCUGGAUUAUUAUAUUCAAAAUAUCCUACACAAACUUAUGGAAGAAAAUAAUUGCUCGAUUUGGAUUGAUUCAUUGUUAAUGUAUUUGGCUAAUAAAGAUUUCCCAUUAGAUGUCAACUGUACUUCUGUGAAAUGUGUUACAUUCUGCGCUAAAGCAUUGAAGAACGAUUUCGAGCCGUACGUACAGAUGUCAAUGCCCCUUCUGUUUCGGAAAUUCGAAGUGAAACAAAGAGAUCUAACAAGUUACGUCCGAGAGUGUAUUGACUCGAUAUUCGAUUGUACAAAUCUUGAAAAACUUCAAACCACAGUAAGUUCGAUAUAUACCAAAAAUUGGAAUCCUUCAGUUAAGAUAGAAAUCAAUAUGUUUUUGAUCAGAUGUUUCUCGAAAUCGAAAUUGUAUUUGACAAAAGACUGCAUGAAGACGUACUAUAGUUGCUUGACUAUGGAUCUGGACAGUAAAUACUUCAAUAUCCGGCGAAGUGCUAUUGAAGCUUUGGGGACCGUAAUGCGAAUGGUCGAUAAAAAGUCGAUGGAGCCCCACCUAGGUCAUGUAAAACAAUUCAUGAUGACAAAAAUACAAAAAUUCGCUGAAAGUAUAACACUGCCUGAUGAGGAAGAUACCCAUUCAGACACACGCAAAGAUUUAAUCCUUAAUAAUAAAAAUGAAGAGGACUCUGUUUCUAUUCAGGAUGAAUAUGAUGAAACGAAUGAAUACAGUUUAAGUGAUUCUGAAGAGGAAUAUAUUGAUAGUGAUCCAGAAUCGAGUAGCAUCGAAGAUGAUUGUUGCUUAGAAUACACUCGUUUAAAAUGCAAUUAUUUAGAAAAAGAGGAAGAAAUCCAAGACUUGACUAAAGUUGACGAAGAAGUAAAAGAGGAUAAUGCAAUCUCCACAUUCUACAAAGGAGAUUUCAACUACACCAAAGAAAAAAACGAGGAAUUCAAUGGAAAAAAUUACCGAGAAACAGAUGAAAUAAUGGAAUCCAAAAGUUUCUGGGAGUAUGACAACGAAAAUAUGGAUAUCCUUCUAUUAAAUUAUCCUAGCUGGGAAGAUUACAUCCACCCUUGUGAUACUGACGGGUGUACAGAUAUAGAAAUAACUGAAAAGAUUAAAUCGAGGAUAAAGCAAGAUUUCAGGCUGAGAACUACAGGAAACGACGUCAAAGACCAAUUGUUAAAGAACCUGUAUCGAAAAUACAAUGUUGAAUUGGGUAAAAUGCCGACUAAUGUUCAAUGCCAUCAAGAAUACUAUCAGAAUAAAAUAGAACUGCUCAUCUCUAAUGGAAUCAUUCGUAACUUACGCGAUAAGGACCUCAACUUGCGGAGACUGUCUUUGGAAAGGAUACAAUUCCUCGUCAAUUCUACUCCUUAUCCUAUCGACUGCAAAUCUCCUUCUCUGGAACAAGCGGCGUCGAUCAUUGCCGAGCGGAUUUCUGAUUGCAGCUUAGAGAUUUCACUGACAGCGAUAUUCCUGAUCGAAUCACUGGUUACCUCGAUGGGCCCAUCUUCGGAACAAUAUAUCAAAACAUUCUUCCCUCCCCUACUUCAGGCUGUGGGCGACCCUAGGCCUGGUGUCCAAGUGUCGGCUUUGUUCUGCAUCAAGAAAUGGGAGGAGACCUGCGGUAUUGAGAAGUUCUUCUUGUUGGCUACCUUAGGGGACGCUAACAAGAGGAAUGGCUAUUCUACCGAUGGGAAGUUUAUAAGAUGGCUACCGGACGUCACCGGGAGUAUCGCCACAGCUUGGCCUACGUUUACUGCCAACCUAAUGAAAGAUGCUUGGCUCCAAUGUUGGGGCACUGCUAGAAAAAUGAUACAAAGCGUAAAAACAUUGUAAGGAACAAAAAUGAACAUAGUUUAAUCGGAUAGAGUAAGCUCAUACCUAUUAUAAAAUAACGUAAUGUAUUUAAUUAAAUAUGAAAUAAGAUUUGUAUGUGGAAUCAUGUGCUAUGUGGACAAUAAAUCCGUUCUUAUAUGUCUCUUCA